UGUUUAACUUACAGAGUACAAGUGUUCUUGUUGCUGCUGAUGUUAUUGCGAUGGUUCUUAUCGUCGGUUUUCGUUGUUCUAAUCCGAUUCAUCACCUCCAGUUCACUCUAUGGUCCUCGAGAUUCAGUUCUGGAAUUGAAUACUAGCUCCUUUAGUUCAGCUGUUUAUAAUUCGGAAACCGCACAUUUUGUUGAGUUUUACUCGAGUUGGUGUGGUGCAUGUAUCGCGUAUGCUCCAACUUUCAAGAGUUUUGCCAGACAUUUGAUGUUAUGGAAGCCCUUUGUGGAAGUCACCGUGGUCGAUUGUGCGGAUGAUUUCAAUCUACCAUUGUGUCGCGAUCAUUCAGUAAAUGCAUUCCCCACUAUUAAAUACUUUAAACAUCAUGCAUCAAACAGAAAGGAUGGCGUAUUGUACGAGGGAAAUAAAUACGACGUAGAUAAAAUGGAGCUGGAUGUAGCUGGGCUCGUCCAAGCGGAUUUCGAAAACCAUUCGGAUAGUUUUACGAGCAUAUGGGAAUCUGCUGGUCCAGCAAAUUUCGUCGGAAUUGCAGUUCAGGAGGAUCCUUCUACGAUGGCAUGGGCGGUGAGUUCGUCCACCCAACAGGUAAUGUUUCAGUUGCUAAUAAAUAUAGGGCAUACCGGCAUUAAGGUGAAGAUCACUUUUAUACUACAUAGAAUUUUGAAAUUAAUAGAAGGAACGGUUCCCGUCAAAUCUCAAGUUCCGGCAUCUGUGUCUCUUGGAAACACAACCCAGUACCAAGUCCAACUUGUUGACCUGAAGAGCACGCUCAGUUACAUGCUGUUCAAGGAAAUUGCUCGUCGUGAAAUUAUUAAUGGAGAGAAUUUGGUGACGCUGAAACAGUGGAUGAGCACGCUUUCGAAGUAUACACCUGGUACCACCCCAAUGCGGAGACUUCUAUACAGACUUAAUGAAUGGCUUCAACGAGUUGACGGAAAGCUAGCAGUAGACGACUGGAAUGGAAAGCUAGAAGAGAUUCAACUUGAUCUUGGAAAUCCGCUCUCUAAAAAAAUACAGUGGCUAGCUUGUGCUGGCUCAAAGCCCAACCUUCGAGGCUACACAUGUGGGUUAUGGACGCUGGCCCAUGUUAUUUCCGUCGAAGCCUACAAAAUUGAGGCAAAUAAUCCUAGCUUUAAUCCGCUCAGUGAAGUGAUGGAACCUUUUCACAAAUUUAUUUCCCACUUCUUAAGUUGUGGCGAAUGUGCCAAGAAUUUCGAUAAGGAAGCUGAAAAACACAAGCUGGCGGAAGUUUCCACUCGAGAUGAAAUGGUGAUGUGGUUUUGGCGGGUUCAUAACUUUGUAAAUAAGCGUCUGUCUGGAGCACUCAGCGAUGAUCCGUUGUUCCCUAAGCGACAGUUUCCUCCACCCGUUCUCUGUGCGCAAUGCUACGACGUCAGUGGUGCAUUUGACGAGACUCAAGUUUUGUACUUUCUACGAACAUACUAUGGAAAUAUCCGACAAGACUCAAGCCUGGUUGCUCCAGAAUACAAAAUUAACGAAUAUCAAGGCGGAAAUCUUCGAGCCACCGGUCUCCGGCACUUGAAUCCGAAGUUCGCCGUGCAUACUGAUAAGGUACGAUUCGUACUUUUUGCUCUUAUACUGAAGAAAGUGGAACUGGAUGCGAGUCCUCGGAGAGAUUGGAGAGAUAUAGAAGAAUCUCUCACGUACAAAGGUAGAACUCAACUUUACCUUAUUUGGUUAUCGAUAAUCGGGCUUGUGAUCGUGUUCGCCUACUGGAAAUAUCGAAGGAAUCGAUCCAAAUUCUGGAAGACGUUCUACUACCAUAGCGACUUUAAAAUGUUCCCGUGGUCAUCAUCGUCAUCGUCGAGGAAAUACGCUGUUUAA